GCCAAGUAAUCAGCCAAUUAGAAAUAAGAUUAUAUGGUUAGUCUGGCCCAUAAGAAAUCAACCCAUGGUCGGAUGCGCAAGAUAAAACACUAACCUGUCAAGCGUUGAGGACGACAGCGUAGCACUCCGGAAGAAACGACGAUAAGUCCGCGAAGUCAACACGGUUCAAUAGGCCUACCCACUAGCCUACCUAUUUUUCUAGGCUAGACUUAUUUCAAGAUUUCAUAAAAAUACUUCGUGUAACACACAGAAGUCAAUUUCACGACCAACGAUUUUAUUUUUUAUGGACUGGCGAUUUCUUCAAACUCAUAUCUGAUUUUUAUAUCAGCAAUUUAUUGUACGCUUUUCGUGGACCAUCGCAUUUGGUGGAUAUUUCGUCACAGUCGAUAAGUUUUUCGUUGUAAAAUUUUGUUUAACGGUUGUAUAGAGAUGGAAUAUUCUUCCAUCAGGCAGGUUCCUACCUCGGGAAUGCCAAUGCUGAUGGAUCUACACCAUCGCCAUCCCGGCCACCAUCCGGUCCCACAUGGAAGCUGUAAAAGUCAUGGGGGUGUGAAUCAAUUGGGUGGCGUGUUCGUCAACGGGCGCCCCCUACCAGACAUGGUAAGACAGCGUAUUGUCGACCUAGCGCACAGUGGUGUCAGACCAUGUGACAUCUCAAGACAGCUUCGGGUCUCUCACGGUUGUGUCAGCAAAAUAUUAGGACGAUAUUACGAAACUGGCUCAAUAAAACCAGGUGUGAUAGGAGGAAGCAAACCCAAAGUUGCGACGCCCAAGGUAGUUAGCACCAUAGCAUCGUACAAGCGCCAGAAUCCGACAAUGUUCGCCUGGGAGAUCCGAGACAGACUGCUAGCAGAGGGAGUUUGUGAGAAAGAAAAUGUACCUAGUGUUAGCUCGAUAAAUAGAAUUGUUCGAAAUAAAAUCGGUGAUAAAGGAAUGAAAGGUGAUACGGUAACAGAAGGAAUGACGUCACUUUCUACAUCCUCGUCCACGAAUUCUGUUAUAACAUCUACAGAUGUACCAGUAACGACCGGCUCGUCGUACUCUAUAGCCGGUAUUUUGGGCAAGGCUAAGCAAGGUUACGAUGGUUGUGGCGAUAGAGGGCCAGCACAUCACCAUGUAAAUGGCAAAAUAGUUGAUUCCGAAGAAACGUGUAAAAUGAUUGCAAAUCGAAGCGCGUUCACAUCAGAGCAAAUCAAAGCGUUCGAACGAGGAACACAUUUUCCAUCAGACUAUUAUGUUCGAGAUGAGUCCGGCAAGAUUGAGAUGAGUGACUCAAGGACGCAGAUCGCUUUAUCACUCUUUAUUGGUAUCUUAUCGAUUGUUAACUCUAUAUAUCUUGAUCGAUCAUAUCUAUAUGUUUACGUUUCAUGUUUAUUACCAGGCAGUAUUUUAAAUAACAGUCGUACUGUUUCAUUCACAGCUCAAAGUCGACCCGAUAUAAACCAUGUAGCCCAAUACGCAACUCAAGCCCAAAGUAAUUACUCAUCGGCUGGCAUUAUGCCUUCACUAAUAAUCCCAUCUUCCAACGGUCCAUACGUAGGUCGAGAAGAUUACUCAAGCCAAUUUCAAAUGCAAUACAACGGUCAAUUCCCUCCUGGCCACUACAACGACUGGCAACGAUUCGCAAACCCACACCAAGCAUUGAUGACUAAGGGUGAACAAGAAACCAACAACAACAACGUACUGGUAACACCAACCUCUCGCAACUUUCAUAACCAAACAAGCCAAGUACAAGGAUUAGUGAACGUGGCUCAGCAGCUAACGCCUGACGUCAUCAGCGGACACAUUGGAAGUAUAUCUCGAACGCCCCACAAUGCCUUAGAUCUCCGCACGUGCGCGAAGGAGCCGCCUAAGAGUUCAAUUACCUGGAAUCAUUUAGGACAUCAAUAGCGCUUAUGGUGAAGAUUUUUGUAGAUACGGCAUUUGAGUAACUUCAUAAAAAUUCAGAUUUGCGCUAAUUUUUAACUUCGUAUUACCGUACUACCUCAUUCAGUACCAUAUGGUCAAAUAUUUAUUUUCUGCACCCUUUUCGUUGAUAGCCCUAUUACAAUAAAGUUUAAUCAUUCUUUGCUUACUUUGAAAUACAGUAGAAACCCUCCUUUGGGACCCAUCUAUUAAGGGGAAAUCCCUUUAAGGCGACAGCUCUAUUAAGAGGGAACAUUUUUGGUACCGAAGGUGGGACCCUUAAUAGGGGCUAUUUUCAUUGAUAAUUUAUUGUUUUUGUUAGUCACAAGAUUCGUUUAAAACACUUGUUAAAUGAAGAAUACAACACACAACUGUAAAACUAGCCGUGUCUUUGGCUGUGAGAUACUACCGCCAGGGUUAUGAGAUGUCCAUUAAUUACCAACUCUUAGUAAGAAUUGACAUGGGGAUUUAUGGUCAACAUUCCCUACUAUAGCACAUGUAACUGAAUAUUCUAAUGCAGUGGAGGUUUAAGAAUACAGUAACUGAAUGUAAAAUAUGAGUUAUUAUUAUAACUACUGGUUCUGGUGAUCAGUGAACUAAGCCGUACCGUACCUUUUAUAUUAUGCGCAUAAUAAGAGUGUGGUUAUCGUAUGUGCCUUACUGCCUACUAUCCCUGCGGUAGAAUUAUCUACCAUUCUCAAAACUAGAAUUUUGUUUAGAAACAACAAGUUAUCAAACAUUUUACAAAACAUUAAACGAUAUUGAUGAUUAUAAUUGAAAAACUCAGGUUUGCUACUGUAUUCAAUCUGGAAUAAUUAUUAAAACCAACUGAAGUGAAAUGUCCACCUCUAUAAUAGAUCACAUUGUCACCUUAUUCUAGUGGUCGUCAACAAAUGCACUGUAUUUGUGUAUUAUAAGAAUACCUCUAUAAUACCUGUAGUAAUAACUCUAUGGUUAUGCUGCAUAUUGGUACGAAUACGCACAAUUGGUGAAUAACUGGUAAAUCAAUAAUAGAGAAAUCAUGAUGUUUACAUUUCAAAAAAUUAUAUAUUGAUUACAAAAUUGUGACAGAACACGCCAGAAUGCCACUUUAAAUUAUAUAUUUAUUUGUCAUUUGAAAUUUAUUUCAUAGAAACCUUGAUCCGUUCACACUUGCGUUUGUGUAGUUAUAGUGGUCCUACAAGUAAGGGGCACCAUUAAAAUCGCCAUUACUGUAUUCUCGCUUUAAUGACAAUUUAUGUUAGUGUGAUUUAUUAUUGAUAAAUUAUUAAUAUUAUAAUAUAUCCUUUCUAAUUUAAAGGUUUUUGUUUAAUUUGUAAUAUAUUUAAUGUUAUUUUAUAUAAUUAGAUUUAAUUAUGACGUCAGGGACAUUAAGUCUUUGCAAAUGUAUGAAAGCAAGUGAAAAGAAAUCUUCAUUUGGGUUAAAAUUGGGAUUAUUUUUUUUUUCUAUUUUUUCUUAAUACUUCUAUGGCAUAAUUACAUUAAAAAAGUAAAAUUGUAUACAUAUCUUAACUUGUGUGACAGGUUAGACUGUGUUCAAACGAGAAUAAAACUGUACUAUAUAUACACUAAUGUAUAUAUAUAUACAUAUAUAAAUAAUUAUGUACAAAAUUGACGAGGCUAAUAGGUGGAUUAAGCGAUGAUAUAUAGGCCUAUAUAUAUUCUAAUACAAUGAUAAUUUGUGGUUAUGACUCUACACAAUGUUCGUUGAAAAGUUAGUAUCCGUAAUUUCAUAUCAAUAAUCAAUUUAUAUGAAAAUAGUUCUGGUCAGAAACGUAUCUUCCAAAUAUAUAUUUUCUAUUCAAUAAUGAAUGAGUUAAAUAAAUUGUUUAAAAAAAAAUUAUUAAUAAGGAUUUUUUUUUAAAUAAUCAAUUAAUUUAUUGACUACAUUAUUCAUUUGAUCAAUUUUAAAGUGAAUACAUACUACAUUAAAAUUAUUGUAUAUUCUGUUAAAAUAAAUGGUUAUUGGGAACUUACUUUAACAGUAGAAUUUCAAACUGUAUGGUCUUGCACCACAUCGAGCAGCUUAAACUGGGUUCACACUAGAAUAAUUUUAACGCGCAACGCAUACUCCAUUUUUCCACAAUGUGAAUCUAUUUGUAAUUAGACGGGUAAUGUUUCGUUGGCGGGGCUUUGCCGCGUACAUAAAGCUUAGUCCGCACUAUCAAAUUUUUUGUGACAAAUGUGUGUGAUGUGCCCAUAUAUGGGUAUGAUGAUGUCAUAUUACACCCAAAUAUCACAGUUUUUUGUCAUAUAAAAUUUGAUAGUGUCGAGAGAGCUUUAUAAAUCUCAAUGCAGCUCAACUCCAUGUUGCAAGGGGAAUGACAAUAGUAGAAACCACCGCCGCGUCUUGCGUUUAUAGGUAUGAAGCGUGCUCGUGUGAACUCAGCUUUAUCUAACCAGCAAUUGCGUGAAUAUAUGGCUAUGUGCUCUGCUGAUCUAGUAAUAACGUUAUUACGUUGAAUAACAACAAUACGUGAUUGUAAUAAAUCUCGACUUCAUUUUUUGUUUUAUAUUAUCUUGGUGAUAAGGUAGUCUUCAUUCCAAACAUUCUAGUUAAGUCUAUAUUUAUUUAUACGUAAAUUCUUACAAAUAUAUGCGCAGACCCAGAUUAGUUACAAAGAAGGUGUAAUAGAACACGGACUAAAUUGAAGCUGCAAAACACCAAAACGUAAAAUGACAGAGAGAGAGUAAAAUGAAGAUAUAAAGCUAAAACUCCUAGGCCUAUGUAGAUAAUGUGAAAACACGAUGGCGGAAUAAAAAACUUACAAACUAUUAA